AAUAAUUAUUUUUUCCUGUGGGUAAAGAGACUAGAAGCAAUUAAUGUCUUCGUUUGUUGAAUUAUCAGUUUAAAACUUUCGCAAGUCUGAGCUAACCAACGUGGCAAUGGAGAUUAAUCAACCUGGUGUAUACGAACCACCCACGAUGGUCCACCUACCAAUCAAGAUAGAGAGAUAUGACGGGGAUGAUCAGUCAUGUGACGGUCUGGACUCUGAUAUACCGUGUGUGUCAACUGUACCGAUUCCUGUGGAGAAGCGCAUUUCGCCCUUUUAUUAUCCUUCGCAAGCUAUGGGGAGCCCGCGAACACAUUCUUUUAGUGCCGUGGAAAAAAUGGCGCAAAAACGCAAAAACUUCCAAACAAUACUUCAGACGUCUUUGUUGAUUGUCGAGGAACCUGUUUUAUUCGAGGAAACAAUCAGCGACUGCCAUCUGAAAAUUGUUUUGUUUGAUACAAAGACAAAGCAAAUUGUGCCACGAGAUAAUCUGGCCUACGAAAAGCCAUCGACCAUAGGACAGUCAAGUCACGCAAUGGAGACUACAGAAACAAUGACAAAUCCUGGUGAAACAAGACUGAAUUCUCCCUGUCAACGUCAUGUCACACAACCUGAAAUAGACAAUCAAACUAGUAAUAUAAUUGUGUCAUCCUGCAGCAUUACCUCACCCCACAACAUCACUUCUUUAUCCCACAAUGUCUCCUCGUCGUCACACAACACCCCCUCCUUACCCCACAAUAUUGCCUCAUCACCCGACUGGGUAACUGCGAACAACACUUCAGCAGUUCCUACCAUAAGCAGAACGUUUCCAAGCCAACUUCCAGAUGUUCGUUCGAAAAGCACGGUCGAUUCUCCUCAACAUCGACCAUCUCUCCUUAACAGUCUUCCGUUGCAAAGAAUGCAAAAAGAAAGGAUUGAAAAGAUACAAGGAUACAAGCAAUUUUCACCAACGCAACAUGAAUUAUCGACAACCCAAACUGUUUCGGUAAGGGCUGAAACGAGCUCCAUAGCUCGACCUGAGACCAACUCCAAAAUGGGUGUCUGCUUACCGAAUAAAUCUCAAUCAAAGAUGACAAAUUUGACACCAGUGCCCUCACGUGACGUGUUUGUACCAAAAGAGGUGAAUUUGGGGCAGAAUGAACUUAGACUAGAGGAUUGUAUCAACGUUCGUGAUAUUUGUGAUAAAGAGCUCACAAGGUGGACAGCCGAAGAUGUAGCGAAGUUUGUACGAGAAACGGAUUGCUCCGAGUAUGCGCACGUCUUUGUUGAUCAAGAAAUUGACGGCAAAGCGCUGACUUUACUCAAUCAGGAUUUGCUCAUUCAAUGGAUGAAAUUGAAACUCGGACCUGCUAUGAAACUAAACUGUCAUAUUAUAAACCUCAGAAAUUCGCUAAACAAUAGUUAACUAGGUGCAAGAGUUGAAAAUAGAAGUAUUUAUUUAUCAUUUGUAAUAUACAUAACGUAAAGAUUUAAUUGCUAUUUUAAUUUUUGUCAAUUUUUAAAUUUAGUUGAAGAUCUCAUGCAGAAAAUGUACAGGCAUGAAAAUGUGUGAACUAGAGUGUUUUGGUGAAAAUGCUUGUACUAUAGUCUUUGGCGUGAAAAUGCAUGUACUAUAGUCUUUCCAUUAAAAUUCGUGAACUAUA